AUGAAUAUCAGCAGGAUUUGGAACAGCUGCUCUACUCGUAGAGUUCCUCUCACAUUCUUCAAAACAAAGUUAUUACCUCCAUCGUGUCUUCUUCAACGUCAUUAUACCACAGUCAUGGGCAUAGAAACAAGUUGUGAUGAUACUGGUGUUGCAAUCGUUGAUGAUCAAGGUCGUUUGUUAGGCGAUGCUUUACAAUCGCAGUCAUCAAUUCACAAGCCUCUCGGUUGGGGAAUUCAUCCUGUAACUGCUGCCCAACUGCAUGAACGCAAUAUCCAUGCAGUUGUACAAUCGGCAUUGCAUAAAAGCAAUUUAAAAAUUGAGGAUAUACAUACAAUCGCCACAACUGUUGGACCUGGAUUAGCCUUCAGUUUAAAUGUCGGUUUAGAUUAUAGCAAGAAGCUAUUACAACAGCACAAUAAGAGAUUCAUAGCUGUUCAUCACAUGGCUGCUCAUGCAUUAACUGUUCGUAUGCUAAAUCCUAUCGAAUUUCCCUAUUUAGUCUUACUGGUAUCCGGUGGUCAUUGUAUCCUGGCUGUUGUUAAUGGUCCUUGCGAAUUUUAUCGCUUAGGCUCUACAUUGGAUGAUGCCCCUGGUGAAGUCUUCGAUAAGGUUGCUCGAACGUUAGAAUUACAUACUCAUCCCGAAGUAGGCGACAUUGCAGGAGGUCGAGCUAUCGAAAUAGUUGCAAAAUUGGGAGAUGAGAAAGCUUUUAAACUACCUCACAUUAUGGCUGGCGUGCGAAACUGCAAUUUUUCAUUCGCCGGAUUCAAGUCUGCAGUAAAUGCUCACUUAAAAAGAGUAUCUUUCGCUUCACUAAGCGAUUGGGAUCAACAAAAAAUGACGAUAGCCGCUAACAUGGCUGCCUCAUUUCAGUAUUAUCUAACGUGGCACAUUGCUAAACGUGUUCGUCGUGCAUUGGUUUUCUGUAAAACCUUCAAUCCGAAAUGUCGAACUUUGGUAAUAUCCGGAGGUGUUGCUUGUAAUAAUUAUAUAAGAAAUGAGCUCGAUAAAUGUGCUACAGCAUUCGGAUUCCAGCUUGCCUGUCCUCCGCCGUAUUUGUGUACUGAUAACGGAAUUAUGAUUGCCUGGGCUGGUGUAGAACAUCUUAAAUCCAACACUGCGACAAUUUUAAACCCCCAAUCUGUUAUAUAUCAACCCAAAUGGCCUUUAGGUGUCGAUCUAUCAGAUAGAGUUGCAAAAUCCAAUAUUAAAGUCUAG